UAAUCUCGUGUUGUGUAGGCUAAGUUUACUACAACGUACUGCCACUUGACAUCACAUAAUGAAAAGAAAAACUUAAUUUUAAUGUAAUGCAUUGCUCAUUGAUGUGGUAUGUAAUCUAUCCACCAUUCCUGGAUCAAUCGACCCCGGAUUAAUCGAGCAGAAAGCAAAGUGACACAAAAUUGUGUGAAAUUAUAUCAGAUUAUUAAUUUUACAUUUAGAUUCGAAUAAUUGUCGAGUGACGGUAUGCCACAGGGAAACGUUAUUGAGCAAGUUAUUUUUGCCGUCCAAAUACAGCGCCUCUCAACAGAAAUGCCUGAACUUUGAGGAAACGUAGGGGGGGAAAAAUGUUGCGUGAUAAAAGAGCGUUAGCCUAGGCUAUGGACGCACAUGCACGCAGUUUAGAGGGAACAUUGGUCAUAUGUUGGUGACUAGACAUUCACUUUGGUCUUCUUUGUUUUGUUGAUAAACUAACAUUAACAUUGUGUUGUGUAGGCCUAGUCUACUACAAUGUACUGCCACUUGACAUCACACAAUGAAAAUAAAAACGUAACUUUAAUGCAAUGCAUUGCUCAUGGAUGUGAUCUGCAAUCCAUCCACCAUUCCUGGAUCAAUCGACCCCCGAUUAAUCGACCAGGAAGCAAAGUGACACAACGUAGCAAAAUAGUGUGGAAUAAUAUCAGAUUAUUCAUAUGACAUUUAGAUUAUAAUAAUUGUCGAGUGAUUGUCACAGGGAAACGUUAUUGAGCAAGUUAUUUUCGCCGUCCAAAUAGAGUGCCUCUUAACAGAAAUGACUGAACUGUGCACAUUGCGUUUCAUGUGAGGAAAUAUUGAAGGAAAUAGUUUUUUGUGUGAUAAAGGAGAAGUAGCCUAGGCUAUGCAGCCCGAUCUCCCCUUCACCUCGCGCCGGUCAGCUGUUGUUUGUUUACAUGGCUGUGUGGCAUCAAGUCAACCCUUGGCAUCAAACAUUGGUCUGGACAUCUUGAAGAGAGGAGGGAAUGCUGCUGAUGCUGCUGUGGCUGUGGCUGCCGCCCUGGCCGUGACAGAACCCUGCAGCAGUGGGAUCGGUGGGGACAGCUUCUGUCUGUUCUAUGACACAAGCACAGGCCAGGUGCGCGGCCUGAACGGCAGUGGCCGGGCUCCCAGAGCACAGACAGUGGAUCUCCUGGAGAGGUAUGGCUACAGUGAGUCUAACCCUAUCCCAUCCUUCCACGCCCUGAACGCCACCGUGCCGGGGUCCGCGGCCUGCUGGUGUGACACCGUCCGCCUGUUUGGCAGUCAGAAGCUCUCUCUCCAGGAUGUCCUUAGGCCCGCCUCCGACCUCGCACUGUGUGGGUUCCCCGUUGCCCAGGUGACCGCGCACCACUGGGCCAAGUGGGUCCGUACCAUGAGGGCUGCAGGGAGGGAGCUGGGAAGAGACUUCCUGAUUAAGAACGAUGCGCCCAAACAUGGACAGGUGUUCUCCAACCCUCAUCUGGCCCAAACUUUCCAGGAGCUGGGCCAGCACGGUAAAGUAGGGUUCUAUGAAGGCAGAGUGGCAAAGUCGAUUGUUGAUGUCAUCAUUCGGAACGGAGGAGUGAUGAGUCUGGAGGACCUACGUGACCAUGACAGCGAGGAGAUCAGACCCAUCCACACUGACUACAGGGGUGUGAGGCUAUGGGAAGUCCCUCCUAACGGUCAAGGCAUGGCAGCACUCAUGGCCCUCAAUAUACUGGAGAACUUCCCCAUCAAAGAGAUGGGUCAUAACAGUGCACGUUACCUCCAUGUGUUGGCUGAGGCCCUGAAGCUGAGCCUGGCUGAUACAGUCCAUUACUGUGCUGACCCGGAUCAUGUUAAAGUCCCUCUGGAGAGUCUACUGUCUAAAGACUACAGCCUGCAGCUCUCACACACCAUACAAAUGGACAGGGCCAGCGUCAUGGCGGAGCGUGAUGUGCCCACAGGAAGUGACACGGUGUAUUUCACGGUGGUGGAUGGCCAGGGCAACGCCUGCUCAUUCAUCAACAGUAACUACAUGGGCUUCGGAACUGGUCUGGUGCCUCAGAGCUGUGGCUUCUCCCUGCAAAACCGAGGUGCUCACUUCUCUCUGGAGCGUAGCCAUGGUAACUGUGUAGGCCCGGGGAAGAGACCGUACCACACCAUCAUCCCGGCCCUGCUGACCGACCCCGCCUCUGGACGUCUACUCUGCUCCCUCGGUGUCAUGGGAGCCUUUAUGCAGCCGCAGGGCCACAUACAGGUGUUGCUGAACAUGCUGGAGUUUGGGAUGAACCCCCAAGAGGCGCUAGAUGCCCCUCGCAUGUAUGUGCAGCAUGACAAGGCUGCGCAGCAGUGGCGUGUCAAUUUGGAGGUGGGUGUCGACGAGGGUGUUGCUGAAGACCUGGAAAAGCGUAGCCAUGUGGUUUGCUGGCCUAUCACUGGCCAUGACCGGAGUCAGUUUGGGCGAGGCCAGGUCAUCUCAGUAGGGGAUUGGUGGAACCUGUCUACCCAGGAAGCAGAGCCUAAUGUUAGGGUGUUGUGGGCAGGAUCAGACCCCAGAGCUGAUGGUUGUGCCCAGGGGUACUAGUGACUAGGGCUGCACAAUAUCGGCAAAAAAAUCUCAUAGCGAUUUUUUGAACCAAAUAUUGCAAUUGCGAUUUGGCUUGCGAUAUAGAUCAAAACAUCUGGGUGAACUUUUGGAAUCAGUGAAAUAGAAUGAUUUAUAUUAAGAAGCAAAGUAGAAAGCAGCAUUGAUCUUGUUUGGGAGAGAGACGUCAAACAGAGUAAACUAUAAAAACAGAUGUUACACGCAGCUUAGUGGCGGUUCAAAAUAUUGCAUGCAAUAUGGAUCUCUUGCAUUAUGGAUAUUGCACAUGUCAAUAUUGAGAUUUUGAUAUGAAUUUGAAUAAUCGUGCAGCUCUACAUUCUUCGUAAAAAGGAUUCCAAAAGGGUUCUUCGACUGUCCCCAUAGGAGAACCCUUUUUGGUUCCAGGUAGAAUCAUUUUGUGUUCCAUGUAGAACCCUCCGUGGAAAG